AUGAACCCAUAUACAUCAAACUCGAUCUUAAUCCCUCAAGCAUUACUCAUACCCCCCUCUUCUUCUUCUUCUUCUUCUCAUACUGGUUCUUGUUUAGUUAGUUGGACGUCUAAAAACUUGCCAACUUCUGUAUUCUUUGAAUCCACUUCUUUAAACCUAAAUUUACUUACUCAUCAGAAAAAAACGGCAUCUGUUUUACAUGGAAUUGAAGCUUUGAAAUUAGAUUCUACUGAUUUAGAGUUUCCAAAAUUAAUACCUGUCUCAAUUGAAGAAAUUACAAUUAAACCGAUUCGACGGAUCUUUAAACCAUCUCAACAAAACGAUCCAAUGAAUGAAUUGCAAGAUCAAGUUACAUUUAAUUUAUCACUUACUGAACAACAAAGAACUGAUCGAGAUCAAGUUCAAUUACCAUUUUUACCCAAAAGAAAUCAAGAUGGAAUAGUGAUUCAAGCACCUGGUGAAAUUUAUGAUGGUUCAUUCCAACCUCAAUCUAAAUCAAAUGGUUUAAUUGUUUAUGAACCUGAUUCAGCAGAUGAUAUGGAUAACGAAGAACCCGAUGAUGAAUUAUAA